AUGCCAAAAAGAAGCAAAAAUAAGCAGUAUAACCAGCGACGACAUUUAAAAAAAGCACGUAGUGCUAUAAAAAAACCUUUACAAGAAAGUACCAAUAAUAGUUUAACUGAAGACUCAAAUUCGGUUCAAGAUAUAGUAUUUAAUGAAAAAGAUUUAUUGCAGGAAGCGUUGGAAAUUAAGAUGGAUUUAAGUGCUGCACGUAGUCAAAGAAAAAGCAUGGCAAAAAAAAAUGAAGAAUCAACAGAAUAUGGGAAUAUACCUGCUGAUGAGUUAUUUGACAAUUUGUUCAAUGAAAAAAAAAACUGA